AUGGAUUCCGAAGGAGUGUUAAUGCCGUUGAUCCACAAGCAUCGUAUGAUGCCUUGGAAUGAUCUGAGAAGAGGUGAUUGCUGUGGCCGUUUUGAAUCUAUUUGUGAUGGUUAUUACUGCAAAAUCUGUGAUAUUUUCGUCCACAAGAAAUGUGGCGAGUCCUCCGAAUAUAUCGAGCAUCCAUCUCACCCCAAUCACACUCUUCAGCUUCUAAGUACUAGAGGAAAUAGCCAUGACUGUGAUUUAUGUGGAAAGAACAUCGGGGAUCUAUUCUAUCGUUGUGAGAUCUGUGACUUCGACAUGGAUCUAUACUGUGCCAAGUAUCCACCACCAGAGGUUAUUAACAUUUCCAAGACGCAUCACCACAAGCUCAACCUUCUCAAGGAGCUGAUCCAGUUUGACUAUUGCGUAUGGCAUCCGCCAGAGGUAAAUCACACUUUAGAGGUAAACCACUCUUACCACUCCUUGCACCCUCUUAAGCUUCACACUGGUCAACUACCGAAUUAUUCUGACCGAAAAUGUCGUCUAUGCGCAAAAGAAAUUGAAGUUGGAUUGUUUUAUCAUUGUUCUUUGUGUAAUUUCACCUUGGAUAUGUCUUGUGUUUUAAAUCCACCACAACGAUAUCUUUGGAAUUUGAAAGCUCAUGACCACCAACUCACCCUGCUCCCAAGUCUCCGUUCUUUUUUAUGUAGUGCUUGCGGUUUGAAUGGCGACCGAAGCCCUUACAUAUGUGUUCAAUGUGACUUUAUGAUCCAUCAAGUCUGUCUUCAUCUUCCUCGUGUCAUAAACAUUAAUCGGCAUGAUCACCGCGUCUCUCGAACUUCUGUUCUUGGUGUUGUUAAUUCGGUAUGUGGAGUUUGUCGCCAGAAGGUGGAUUGGACUUGUGGAGGUUUUUCUUGUCCGAGGUGUCCUGGCUAUGCCGCUCAUUCCCUAUGUGCUACUAGAGAAGAUGUGUGGAACGGAAAAGAACUCGAAGGAGUACCCGAAGAAAUAGAAGAUAUAGAGCCAUAUGUGGUAAUAGAUGACAAUACAAUACAACAUUUCAGCCACAAAGAGCAUUACCUAAGACUCCACGUUAAUAGUGUUCUUUGUGAUGACAACAAGCGGUGCAGCGCAUGCACCCAUCCAAUCUGUCUCCAAUCUUUCUACGGUUGUAUGGAUUGUGACUUCAUUCUCCACCAAAACUGCGCUGGAUUUCUUAGAAUGAAAUGGCAUGUGCUACACAAUGAACGUCUUACUCUAGUUACUAAUGAGACUGAAGUCUUUAAGUGUUAUGCUUGUGAGAGAUGGUCCAAUGGUUUCAGGUACCAGCAAGGGUAUAAAUCAUUCGAUGUUCGGUGCGGUUCAAUUUCUGAGCCAUUUUUCCAUCCAAGUCAUCCCGAUCAUCCCUUAUAUUGCAUUUUACCUUACGGAAAAAUAUUCUGCAAUGGUUGUUACAAGUUCAAAUAUGGAAUGCUCGUGUGCGUUGAAUAUGAAUGUAAUCAUUUAAUAUGCUUCAAUUGCGCUACUCUACCACCAGUGGUAAAGCAUAGAGUUGACGAUCAUCCUCUCUCACUAUGCUAUGGUGAAAAGGCUAGUGGUAUAUGUUGGUGUGACAUUUGUGAAGCCAAAGCCGAUCCAGAGAUAUGGUUCUACACGUGUAAAGACCAACGUGCUAGUUUACAUACAAGUUGUGUGCUUGGAGACUUUUCAGGGCUCAUGCCGGGAAGCACACUCAAGAGUGCGAGCAAUUCAUCUGAGGUGCUGCUCAACAAUAUUGUAUCUCGUCCAUUUUGCAGCUUUUUAGAGCUCAUGCCGGGAAGCACGCUAGAGAGUGCGGGCAAAUCAGUUGAGGUGGGGCUCAAUAAAAGUACAUCUCGUCCAUUUUGCAUCUCGUGUAAGUUGCAUUGCAUUUUUCCUAUCAUCUUGAAAAGACUUGGAACCUCAGAUGAAUACUUUUGCUCUAUUCUAUGCAUCUGA